GGACAGACACUUUGUAGAUCGUGGCAGGUCUAUUGAUCUACGACUAACAUUCGACAGUAUAAUUUCAUCUCACCAAUUUUUCUACAUCGCCCUCUCAAUUAUUAUUCUUCUAAUUUUGAUACUGUGAAUGAACAAUCUACAACAUGUCGGCAAGUGCAGGGACCCCAACAAGUGCGCCAAAAGCUAUGUCUUCCAGGCUUUUGACGAUGAAAUUCAUGCAGCGUGCUGCUGCUUCAUCACCUACAAAUACUUCUCCUUCGAUAGAUGAGCCAUCACCGAAGCGACAAAAGACAGCACAAAACACUCCUACAAAGUUCAAUGUCGACACUUUGGCCGAUAAUCGCGCGAUUCAAGCCGCAAUAGUGGAAGAAGAAGCCAAGAAGCAAGCCGCAUUGGAUCGAGCAGCCGUUGAAGCAGGAGAUACACGAUGGGUUUUAAGUUUUGAGGGAAGGAAACACCUCAAUACUCCAACAAAUACACUGCGUGUAGUUCAGACUGGGUUCGCAAAUUUAGACCAACCUUCGCCGAUAAAAGCAGAACGUGUUAAUGAUGACGACAACGAUUUUGGUGAAGAGAAACCAUUCAUGGUCGGUCGAAGGAGUUUUGGAAAAUUCAAUAAGGUUUUGGAGAAACAGCAAAAUCCAGACGUAGAAUUUACAUCAUCAGAGGAGGAGGAGAGUGAUGAGGAGGAAUCUGAAGAUGAGGAUAGCGAGGAUGAUCCAACAGGCGCAAAGGAAUUGAUAAAGGCCUCAAAACAGGAAGCGAUAAAACGUCUCAAAGAGGAACGCAAAGCCAAGAAGAAGGCAGAAAAGGCGGACUUGCUGGAGUUGUCGAAAAAGAGAAAGAAGAAGCAUGUCUCGCUGAAUGGAUUGACAUCUUUAUCCGGCUCGGGAGGGAGCUCAUUUGGCUCAGGAGGUGGAAUCAAAUCUGAUAUAAAAUGUUAUACGUGUGGAGGAAAUCAUAUGGCGAGGGAUUGUUCGAAUCCAAAGAGGAAACAUCAAGGAGAUGGUGGCCCACCUAGAAAAUCUCAAAGAACAAGAUGAGGAGCAGUGGCAAUGACAACAUCCGUUAGAAAACGUUAGAGAUAUUGGAGAGAUUACAAUCAUGAGCUGAUUACGCCAAUAAAUCCACCAAAGGGGUUGAACAGCCACGACGGUCUGCGAUCACAAUGUUUUGGGAUAAAACUUCGUCGUGAACUUCAUCACUCGGGAGUAUACCAGGUGCAAAGGUCGAAUUUACUUUACCAACAUAAUCUUGAGAAAUCUUGGUUAUCGUAAAGUACAGGCAAAAGUCGCAUAAUAAAGGGGGAAAAAAUCAAUAGUACGAGUAUAAUAAAUAUGUCCCA